GUUCCGCAUUUCGGCUCUCCGUAGUGAGGGAGGCAGCUCGGCGGGACUCUGCGGUGUGUGCUGGUUCGCGGCGGCUGGACCCCGACUGCAAGGCCGGGCCGUGAAGCUUCGGCGGCCCUGCUUAGCCGCGGACCGCCCUCCGCUUCCCGGUGCCCGCCGCGGCGCCGAGUCUGACUGGGGCAGGGGCCGCGGCCCCUCGGGCUAGCGAGGAUGAGCUUCCUCUUCAGCAGCCGCUCUUCGAAAACAUUCAAACCAAAGAAGAAUAUUCCUGAAGGCUCCCAUCAGUACGAACUCUUAAAACAUGCAGAAGCCACUCUGGGAAGUGGCAAUCUGAGGCAAGCUGUCAUGUUGCCAGAGGGAGAGGACCUCAAUGAAUGGAUUGCUGUCAACACUGUGGAUUUCUUCAAUCAGAUCAACAUGUUGUAUGGAACCAUAACUGAAUUCUGCACUGAGGCAAGCUGCCCAGUCAUGUCUGCAGGUCCCAGGUAUGAAUACCAUUGGGCAGAUGGCACUAAUAUUAAAAAGCCAAUCAAGUGUUCUGCCCCAAAAUACAUUGACUAUUUGAUGACUUGGGUUCAGGAUCAGCUUGAUGACGAAACCCUUUUCCCUUCAAAGAUCGGUGUCCCGUUUCCCAAAAACUUCAUGUCUGUGGCAAAGACUAUCCUGAAGCGUCUCUUCAGGGUUUACGCCCAUAUUUACCACCAGCACUUUGACUCCGUGAUGCAGCUGCAAGAGGAGGCCCACCUCAACACCUCCUUUAAGCACUUUAUUUUCUUUGUCCAGGAGUUCAAUCUGAUUGAUAGGCGUGAGUUGGCACCACUUCAGGAAUUAAUUGAGAAGCUUGGAUCUAAAGACAGAUAAAUGUUUCUUCUGGAGCACAGUUACCCUCUCGCUCUGUCGACUGCUAGCACUCUCUCCUUGCUGUCUGGUGUGGACUAGUGAUACUGACUCUAAGAAAGCAGGGUCAAAAGACCCAGUGUUGGCUGCAGAGAAAACUGUCCCAAAGGUAGGUUGGCCAGAUAGCUUCAGAACAAGACCUGUGUGGCACAGCCAGAUUGGAGGUGCUGUGUGGCCACCCUUCCUUUAGUGUCCUCUGUUGUAACCUUAGGUUAACCUGUAGUUUGUUGCUGAUCUUUUGUUCAAGAAAGUGAUUGAAGCCGGGCAGUGGUGGUGCACGCCUUUAAUCCCAGCACUGGGGAGGCAGAGGCAGGUGGAUCUCUGUGAGUUCGAGGCCAGCCUGGGCUACAGAGUGAGUUCCAGGACACGCUCCAGAACUACACAGAGAAAUCCUGUCUUGAAAAAAAAAAAAGAAAUUGAAUUUUUCCAUGUGACAACAUAAUGGACAUUAAGGGGUUUCAGCAGUAACUUAGUUUCUAGAACAAAUUUCUUAACACAGAUCAGUUUUGCUUCAUUUUACAAAUUGAAAUGGUGUUCCAUUUCUAAAUCUCAGCCAUUUAGAGCUUAUGUUUUACCUUAGAUAGCCUUUUAGGUUCGUGUCUGUGUGCUGGUGUUUAUAGAUAAGAGUACAUAUAUAUUUUUAGCCAGGCAUGAUGGUGCAUGCCUGUUACCUGAUACUGUGGAGGAAGAGGCAGGAGGAUAGCACAUUGGAGGCUAGCCUGGGCUACAUGGUAAACUGGUUGAAAAAAGUUUGUUUUGCAAAACCCACAAAGCUUAAAUCACAGGCAUAUGUGGCAUGAGAUUAACCAAAGUUAUUUUUAUGUGACUUUUUAAUUUUUGGGGUUGUGUCCUUGUCUGUCUAGAUGGGGGUGUAUAAUGGAUGUAGUCUCUGUGUCCUCUGAUGGCGGCAUGCAGGUUCUCCUCUUGAAACUCUUCACUUAGAUUUUGGCAGAGAUCAAGAAACUUCUAAAAAACUGUGACAGACUUGGGCCUCAAAGCCACUAUUUUCAUUGAUGAUUCGUGAGGCCUUGCAGUUCUGGAGAGGACAGUAGAAAAAAGUAUUUAGAAUACUUGAUUAUUUCCUAAACGAUUCCAUGUUUUUAUUGCAACUUGAAACUUACAUUUAUGUGUAGAAAUGCAGACUUUAUGGCAAUAAGGGAAAAAGUAGCUUGAGGGUGUGUGUGACUGCAGGUCUCCCUGCUGUCUGUUUGAGGGAGAACUGGAGAUCCAGCAGGGAAGUGAAUUAACAGCCUUGCUUCAUUCUGUUACUAUACAAAGGCUGCAUUGAGCUCUAGAGGUUCUCUCCUUUGUCUUUGUAUCAAAACUUGAAAAUUUCCUCAUCCUAUCAGGAUAAAAGACUCCUUUAUUGAGGAAGGUGCCUGCUCUUCAUUAGGUCCUCAGAUCUAGUCAGUUCUGGUUGCCUCCUCAGGUGUACAUGGCAUCGUAAGUAUCCUGGACACUUGUCCAAAGGGCAGUGCUGUAGUGUAUCAGCAUUGUGUGUGUCAGGGCUGGGACUAAGUGCUCACUGGCCUCCUGCAUGGCUUUAUAAAGGUUAGAGGUGAUGAGGGUUUUGUUAUUUUUGACUCCACUAAACUAUACAAGAAAGAAUUCCUUAGAAACUCCAGUUUUAAUGACUCAUUUUAGUGUGUUCUUAAGUAUGCUUAGAAGUUUUGUCUUAUUUUCGCUGAAACCACACAUCACUAUUAGAGGAAUUCAAGGUGGGAUAACGGUUUAGAGAAAAAAGGACAGCUUGGAAACACCUCCUAACCCAGGUGUAUGCAAAGGUCCAGAUGUCAGCUGUUCUGCAAGUGUCAGUUACCUGCAGAAAGAAUGCAGACUUCUAGAUGCCCCCGAGAAAGCAUCACCCCUCAACCACAGACUCCAUUUACUUUGAUUUGCUGAAGUGAAAUUCUCUUUCUCAACCAAGGCUCAAUCAUCUUUAGGAUAUCUGGCACCCUCAAAUCAAAGGUUUUUCUUUCCUCUGCAUGCAUUUCAGAGACAGAGGUGCCCUCUCCGUUACUGAGCUCCAGAUGGGUAGAUGCUAAGAUACGGAGGCAGCUCCAGAUGGGUAGAUGCUAAGAUACGGAGGCAGCUCCAGAUGGGUAGAUGCUAAGAUACGGAGGCAGCUCCAGAUGGGUAGAUGCUAAGAUACGGAGGCAGCUCCAGAUGGGUAGAUGCUAAGAUACGGAGGCAGCUGCAGUGGGACAACACACACAACCACCUGGGUAGUUGAGACUGGAGUGUCUCCUUGUGUGUGUCCCCCCACUCCAUUUUUUCUUCUGUCUUUUUAAACAAAAACAGUGCCAGACUCCCAGACCAACCUGCCUUAACCAGCAGUGUGUACACAUUGUGCUGUUUGCUCACCUCUGAGGCAGAACGUGGGAGGAGGGUGGCGUCUUUCUGCCAUGACUAGAGACGCUUUCAUAGCAUCUGAAGAAAUAGUCUGUCCUGCAUUUAUCUGCCUACUCCCUGUCCCCCACCCCAGUAGGAGUCAGUUGUGCUGACUGCUCCGUAGACUCAGUUGCAGUGGCUUCCAGUUGCCUGCUGAAUUCCGCCUUAGCCCUGUGGUGCUUUAAUUUCCAGGACUUUAAAAAACUUGGACAAUGAUACACAGAUGUAAAAAAAAAAAAAAAAUCACACUUCCUUGUAAUAGUUUUGUGUUGACCGCCACUCCACUGUUGUUCUGCUGACUGACUCGUGACUCACCAGCAGCCAGUUAGCUAAGGUUCUUCUACCCUGGCCUGCAGAACUCUAGUUCACACGACUGCUCACUGGAGAACUGCAGGUCUGUGUUCACGACUUGCAGCAAAGGCCCAGGCCCAGUCCUGGUGCUGAAGUUUGCUGAAGUUUCCUGUUCUCUUGGCUUCUCUCUAAGCCCUAAGAUCAUACAGUAGUAGAGCUUCUCAGACAUGACGUCAUUCCCUCAGAAGCAUAAACAAAUCAGGCCCGAAGAGUGGGGCCUUACAGGUGUGUUUGCACUCAUGGUGCCAGGGCUCCUCUGCUAUCUGUGGGAGCCAUCCCGUCAGUGUGGAGCCCUGGCCUGAACAGUGCCAGCCUGGACAUGAGCUGCCGAGCACCUUCAGCAGUCGUGUUCUUUCCUCCUGAGGUCAUGAGUUCUGGCAAAGAAGGAAAGGAGUCUUUUGGUCUUCCUGUUUUUAUAUUCAGUUUUGAUGCUGGGCUCUGAGGGGCUUUGGAGCACACACGGCAGCAGUAAUUUUACUGAGGCAGCUGCAUGGAAAUUCACAAGUUUUUCGUCAGAAGUAUAUCAAACAAGUAAAGCCAAAUGGAUGACCAGUGUGCUACAGGCUGCUUAUAGAAGGGCGUUCUGUGUUGGGCUGCAGCAAAAAUCAUUUGCAUAAGGUAGUCUUGGUUACCAUCUAAAAUAACUUAAAAUAUUCCUCAUGGGAAAAAAAAUUUGUUGUAUUUUUAAACCUUUAGGGCUUUAUUCUAUUUUUCUAAGUCGUUAACUGUACUUUUUAAAAAAGUAUUUUGUAUCUACUUUUGUAACUUCAUCAGAAUAAACUAUAUUGAAAGCAAAAAUGG